GUGAAUGAAACAGUCGUAGUUUAGGGAUGUUGUUUUUUUAGAAUGUAAACAACUGGGUUAUAGACCAUGUUCUGCGAUAGUACUUUGUUAUUGUCUCUUCUGAAUUUGAAUGAGAGAAAUAGUUGAGUGAGGUUCCUAUGUGAGCUCAUUUAUUUUCCAAUAAAAUGGGAAAUAUAAUGCAAAGAGGUAAAACCAAGCCGAAAUAUCGGACUAUUGUGCCAAAUUGUACUGUGGAUCCAGAAAUUCCCCAUUCUCAUAAAAGUCAUCCAAAUCAUGGAUAUUUAUCAAAUAAGAUCCAAACAACACGCUAUUCUGUGAUAACUUUUUUACCCAAAAAUCUUUUUGAACAAUUUCACCGCUAUGCUAAUUUAUACUUUUUAUUUGUGGUUGCAUUAAAUUGGGUGCCGGAGGUGAAUGCAUUUGCGAAGGAAAUUACAAUGUUACCGGUUAUAUUUGUGCUGGGCGUUACUUGUAUCAAGGAUGCUUACGAAGAUUUUCGACGUUACAGAUCUGACAAAAAGGUGAAUUUUCACAACUGUCGGAAAUUUUCAUGUACAGAAAAACGUUAUGUAAAAACCGAUUGGCAUGAUAUACAUGUUGGUGAUUUUGUCCAUCUGUCUUGUAAUGAGAUAAUACCUGCUGAUAUUUUACUGCUAAGAUCUAGUGAUAAAGAGGGAAUCUGUCAUAUUGAAACAUGUAAUAUAGAUGGUGAAAAUAAUCUCAAACAAAGAUAUAGUGUUAAAGGACUUGACACAAAGGGAAGUGAAUUUGAUCCUUCAGGUUUUCGAAAUAACAUAGAAGUGGAACAACCCAAUUGUGACAUCUAUAAAUUUAAAGGCUACAUAUUUGAAAAUGAAGAGAAUAAGAUAGCUUUAAAUACAGAUAAUUUACUGCUGAGAGGUUGUGUAAUAAGAAAUACAGAUUUUAUUGAGGGUAUCUGUGUAUACGCUGGUCAUGAAACAAAGGCAUUGUUAAAUAAUCGAGGGCCUAGAUAUAAACGGAGUAAAUUAGAACGAGCUAUAAAUCGGGAUGUUGUCUGGUGUGUUGUACUCCUGUUAUUUUUAUGUUUUUUCUGUGCCAUAGGUAAGAUAAAUAAUCAUGAUGUAGAAUAUAAUAAUGUUGCAUAUAUUUUAAUAGAAAAUGUAGAAUUUUUGGAAAAUCAUUAA